CGAAGGACGUACCCUUGAAGGUCUUCCAUUUCCUUCCCGAUAUAGUACUCAGAAAAGAAAUCAUGGCUCGCGACAUCGUGAAAGCGGCUAAGUCCGCAUCCAAUGUGAUAGCCGUUCAUAAGAAAUACACUGUUCAGUCCACUGGGAUAUGGGAACGCAUUCGCCGCCUCCUUGCCGUCGACCCGACUCGCUCCACGGGUGUUCCGUUGAACGCUCAGUAUCGUCUACCGACCCCUGGAGCUCUUCCUCCUCUAUCCUACGAUGAUCCGGUUACUGUUCCGGCCGGUGACUUGGCUGACAACCCUUAUUGGAAACGUGAUGUUCGGAGGAGUUACCCCCGGCUCAGUGCGGUCAGUCAGGCGGAUGCUGUGGGCCUGCUCAGUGUAGGCAGUCAAGCUGCCCCCAAGGAUGAUGUCCUUCAGAUCGGCGAGGCAGGAGAGAAACAAUUGGUGUCCGUGAAGCAACAGGCCGAAGAGCGCGGCCUUGCUGGUCUGUUUGAGAAGGACAAGAAUGGAAUCAAGGAAGUUCUGGGCGCUAAUGGUUUGCCUCCGCUGCCAUGCAACUUGAACCCUGCUGGUAGCAAAUAUCAGCUCGGCCAUGACCAUGGCUACCCCAGUGUCUACCCCUGCCGCACUUUCGUUUAGCUUGUCUACGCAGCUAUUGGGUACAAUAUUGAGAUAAAUGCAAUUGUACUUACUUUCCCUUUA